UAAUCAGAUAGAUUGUUCACCUGAAUCGGAUAUAAAGAUGAAUAGUUUAACCAAAUUACUUAUAGUUGUGUUUAUUAUCUUGAUGAAAGCCAAUUCAUGCGUCUCUAUGCCGAGUUGUUUUGCAAACUGCGCAUCAUGUUCAAAUUCAACCGUAUGCACAUCAUGUGACUAUGGAUACUACUUACGAUUAGCUGAGGAAUGUAGAGCGUGCAAGUACGUAGGAACGAACUGUGUUACAUGCAGUAAUGAAACGCAUUGUAACGAAUGUAGGCCAGGAUUCUGGGGCACCACUUGUAGAUCUUUUUGUUCUGAUGGUUGUAGCACAGAAACGUGUAACUCGUUAGAUGGAACAUGUACUUGUAAACCAGGUUGUUAUGGACCUACGUGCCGAUUCCAGUGCUCGGAAAACUGCCUAACUGACACAUGUGGGAAUAAUGGUGAAUGUGAUUGCAAGGACGGGUAUUAUGGAGAUCAGUGUUAUGGAAACUGUUUUUCUGAUUGUGAGAAAUGCUCUGAUGGCACAUCUUGUUCUGUGUGUCCAACUGGACAAUACAAAGCACUAUGUGAGCUCAAGUGCGAAUGCAAUGGCCGAUGCGAUAUACUCACUGGUGAGUGUAUACAAGUGACGUGUCCAGACACGUGUGCAUCAUGCGGAGAAAGUGAUCAGUGUAAUGGGUGUACUGUCGGUUGGUAUGGUGCACGAUGUAACUACACGUGUUUGGAUAGAUGUAAUGGGGGUUGUGAUCAAUAUACCGGACAUUGCGUUGCAUGCUUUACUGGCUACUUUGGAAAAAAACUGUGAAUUGGUAUGCACUAAAUGUCGUGGUGGUGUCUGCAAUCAAGAAGGGGAAUGUACUUCGUGUUUUGAUGGCAAGUAUGGAUCAUUUUGUAACAAAAUAUGCCCUGAAGACUGUGUUGAAAGUAUAUGUAUCCAGAUAGAUGGGUCAUGUCAACAUCAGGUUCAAUGUCCUGUGAAUUGUGUCAAUUGUACGGACAACGUUACAUGCUCUGAAUGUAAGAACUCUUUUUACGGCUUUAUGUGUUCAUUUAAAUGUAGUAGUACAUGCAAAGGUAGAACUUGUGACAAAGAAUCAGGACGU